AUGAAAUCGCAAUCGCUGAGUCGGCAUGGACGUUCGUCUCAAGGUCGAAAGAAGAUUCUAACAACGGCAUCGGUCAAUGUCAGACGCAUUGCACGUAGUGAAUCUCCAACGGUGCAUUCUUUUCCAUCUACCAGUGCUACAGAGCGGAAAAUAAAAAACAAUCGUUGUAUUAACGAUGUAGCUAUUUCAACACUUCCAUCUGCCGCAAUUCAAUCGGCCAAUCCUACAACUAUACACGAUUCUCCUGUCUUAGAGAUCAAGAGACUUCCGUCGUACCUUAGAGCUAUAACACCUAUAAGUGAAUCGCAUAGCGACUGGUUGGCAGUGACACCAUCUAUUUCUGAUAAACGAAAACAACAUCAUCGUCGUCGCCGUCGUCGCUGUGGUCUCGCUUAUUCCAGUUGGUGUUGCUGCUGCUGUGCAGGUGGCAUUCUCGCACUGAUCGCUAUUCUUGCUGGACUCACUGCCCUGCUCAUUGCACUUCUUACAAAUAAAGGAACAACAACGACUACCACCAGCUCUACGUCUACAACUUCAACUUCGACUACAUCCGCCACAACCACCAGUAGUAGCACGAGUUCAACUUCGACAACUAGUUCUAGUACUUCAACAACAUCGAGUACAAGUGAGACAACUACGACAACUACAUCAACAGCUACCACAACAACUACUCCAGUACCACCCUGUACACCAAAUCCUGUAGGUUCUGCCAGUACUCUAUUGACAGCAUCGUCUGGCACCACUUCAUCAUAUGCGUGUUAUGCGUAUGAAUGGAUACCGACUAUCAGCGGCACUGUCACUCUUACAUUUUCAUUUCAACAUAAUCCGAGUUACUGGUUUCUAGACGAUGUUUCAGUAUAUAAUGGAGCUGUUCAAAUGUUAAGCAAUGGAGAUUUUGAAUCAGGUUCAUUCUCGCCUGGAUGGACACGCGUCGCACCGACUGGUUGUGGUUCAGGCACAACAGGUUAUAUUAGUUCAUCCUACCGUCGAACGGGUAGCUAUGGCUAUGCCGAUGGAUGUAACUCGCACACCGAUCAACUUAGCCAAUCGUUUGUGGCUACGGCAGGACAAUCCUAUAUAGUCAGUUUUUGGCUUAAGUCUGGAGCUAAUGGAUCAGGUGUAUCAAUUUCUGUCACUCUUUCUUAA